CCUGUUUCCAGAGUGUUCCUCUUUGCUUAGCUCUUUCCUAAAGUAGAAGAAGAAAUUUGGAAGAGAUCUGCUCUACCGGAUCUUCAAAAUUAGUACCACUUGUAAUUACUCCAUAUUUAUUGGAGUAUCUAUAUGGCAUGCAUAAACAGAGGAUGGGAUGUUGUAAGUAGAAAUAUCAGGAGCUGCCUCACAAGGAAAAAGGGGAUCGAAAACAGAGACAACAGCAUAGCAGAAAGAUGGGAGAUUUUGAGUGGAAAGAACAAUUGGGAAGGCUUACUUGACCCUUUGGAUUACGAUCUUCGACGAUACCUUAUUCACUAUGGUCAAAUGCCUCAAGCCAUCUGCGAUUCAUUCAACAGUGAAAUAGCUUCAAAGAAUUUAGGAACAAAUCGAUACUCCAAAAAGAAUCUCUUCACAAGAGUGGGGCUCGACAAAAACAACCCCUACAAAUAUCAGAUCACCAAAUAUAUCUAUGGAGCUUCAGAUGUACCAAGUAAAACUGAAAAGAUCAAAGCAUCAAAUUGGGUCGGGUUUGUUGCUGUUGCCACUGAUGAUGGUAAAGUUGCAUUAGGAAGGAGAGACAUUUUAAUUGCUUGGAGAGGCACCAUGUGUCCUGCAGAAUGGAAUGAUGAUGAUGACUGGGUUUUGGUCCGACCCACAGAAAUCUUUGGAGAAAAUACAGAUGACAUUCUUGUACACAGAGGUUUUUAUUCAAUUUAUACUUCUCUUGAUGACGCUUCAAAAUUCAAUCGAACAACUAGUGCCAGAGACCAGGUUCUUGAAGAAGUUAAACGGUUGGUGGAGCAAUACAAGAGAGACAACGUUAGCAUUACUCUAAGUGGCCACAGCAUGGGUUCAGCAUUGGCCACACUAUGCGCAGUUGACAUAGUUGUCAACCAAAUCAAUAAGGAGUAUCCAGUAACUGCAUUUUUAUUUGCUAGCCCACGAGUUGGAGAGGCCAAUUUCAAGAAAGCUUAUAAAAAAUUGAAAAAUCUUCAAAUCUUGCGGAUUAGCAAUGCCCUUGAUGACGUUCCGGAAAAGCCAGACCGUGGACAGGUCGAAGGUUCUGGAACAGAUUGGAGAGUGUAUGAAGAUGUUGGCUUUGAGCUUCCAAUUGAUACUACAAAAUCAGAGUACCUAAAGAAAGGCAUAAAUAAUCAUAUUCUGGAAGUUUAUCUGCACGGAGUUGCUGGAACACAUGGACCAGAAGGAGAGUUCAAGUUGGAAUUAAAUCGGGAUAUUGCUUUGGUGAACAAGGAAGCGCCCUUAUUGAAGGAUGAAUAUGGUGUACCAGCGGUGUGGUGGAUCGUGAAAAAUAAAGGAAUGGUUCAACAAGAAGACGGAUCUUGGACUCUCAAUGAUCGUGAGGAUGAUAGUGAUCUUUCAGAAUAAAAUAUAUCAAUUUCUCAAAAACAUUUUUUUUUUGAUCUGGGCAAUGCGAUCUGUUUUUCGGUAUGUAUCCUAUCUUUAUGAUAAGUGUAAUAUGUUAGACUUCUAAUUGCUUUGCAAUUAAUUUUGAUCAUGUGGUUGGUUGGUUUGGAUAAAUGGGGUAAAGCCGUAUAAUGUAUUCCUUCCUUGAAAAUUUAGCAAGAAGGCAAAUGAUGCAUUAAGAUUAAGGAUCAACCAUUAAUUACAUUA